AUGAGCGGAUCUCUGCCUCCGAGGCAGCACGCCUUCAAUGGCCAGCAGCAGAUGAUGUCGGGUCCAGGCAACGUCGCUGUGCCCUACGCGCAUGGCGUGUCCCACAUGCCGCAGCCCGCGGCCGGCCAGUAUCCCCAGGCGGGGCCGCUGCCGUCGCUGCAGUUCUACCAACAGUCCCUGCCUUCUCCCCAGCAGCAGCCACCGCAGAUCCAAGGCCACCUCGCAGCUCAUCCCUCACACUUUUCCCACAUGGGCGCCAUGCAUGCGCAGCAGCAUCCUCAGCAUCCUCAGCAUCAGCAGAUCCAGCAGCUCCAGCAGCUCCAGCAGCAUCCUCAACAUCAGCAGAUCCAGCAGCUCCAGCAGCACCAGCAGCAGCAGCUCCCGCAACUCCCACAACACUCACCAAUACCUCAGCAUCUCCAGCAGCCUGGUGCUCCUCAGCGAUUCCAGCCGCAACAGACACCACCACAACACUUCAUGCCGUAUCCCGUACAGCGGUCCCAGUCGCCCAUGAUCCCGCAGCCCGGCAGCGCAUUUCAUUUCCAGCACAAUGGCGUGCCGAUGGCUGGCCAGAUGGCGUCUCCCGCAGCCAUGCCGACUACGCCCAGCCCGGUGCCGGCGCAUCUACCGUCUCCCAUGCAAUACAUCCCGCAACGACAGCCCCAGCGGCUCUCCCAGCCGCAAGUCCUCUCACAACCAGUAAUUCACAUACCAGCUAUAUCCGAGCAGCAGCACUAUUCACAACAACCCCAAGUUCAGCAACAGCAGCAGCACUACCAACACUACCAACAACCACCGGUAACGCCAAAAACUACUGCCAACUCCCUACCAAAACCGAGUCCGCGCAUCUCGACCAAGGGCGGUGUCCAAAAGCCGCUGAAGACCCCUCGGAAACCCAGCGUUGGCAGCGUACGCGCGUCGCCCAAACCGGUUCCGAGACGGAGUCCAGCCGACGCCGCGGCCCUUCUCAUUUGUGUUGCCGACGACUGCCUAUCCAAGGCACAGAGCGCGGCUCCCGGACUGGCCAGGUCGCGAGACGAAGGAAAGCUCCGCGGGUACUACAAGCUCAUGGCAACCGGCUUGGGCUGCCUCGACGCGGCUCUACGGAGCGGAAAAUUCCCACCACGAGUCGAGGUCAAGAUCCGGAUUCGUUACGCCUCCAUUCUCAGCGAGGAGACGGAAAAUCUCAUGCAGGCCGAAACGACCCUGCAGCUGGCUUACCGUCUGGCCGAUCUGAGGCCGUAUGUCCAGUUUCUGUUUAUGAAAGUUCUGUUUCGGAGGAAACCGAAAGCUGCUCUCAUUGCGAUCCAGAGCCAUAUAGAGGACUGCUCUAGUCGAGGCCAUACAUACUGGACAUACGCCUUCCGCUUUCUCAAGGCGUUUUUCCAUUUUGAAGCCGGCACUCCCGCGGACACACAUGCGCUGGAGAACUUGCAUGCCAUCACCACCCUUGCCGAGCAGCGUGGUGACCGCGCCGUCUAUGUUCUCGCAUCCCUGCUGCAGGCUCUAGCGCUCUUCCGGACGACCGACGGCGAUGUUGUGGAGAAGGUGCACACGUGCAUCGCGGCAGCCUCCAAGUACCAGUUGGAUGAGUCUGUGCACAUCCCACAACUCGAUGUUCUGUGGCAUCUGCUAGACCUCUCCUGUAGCUUCUACCAAAAGGAAAAGGCAUUGACGGACAAGAUGAACAUACUGCAGACGCGCCUAGAAGAACUAAAGGACUCUCCUCUGUGGACAUCCGACUCGUCCGAGCUGCUUCUGCCGUUGAAACGAGACGGGACAGGAUCAGCCACCACGAUCAGCGAGGACACAGGCGAUGUUCUCCGGCCAGGAGAAAAGUGCGAUUAUCUCGUCCUGGCCAGCUUCAGCAAGGUCAAGGCUUUCAUUCUCGGCUUCACGUUCAGUGGCCUGACCCUGGCAUCCAAACAGCAGCUGAACGACAGAAGGAGCAUGGACUACUGGGCCGAGGCAUUAAAGAUGAUUGCGCAGAGUAAGUUCCAGGCCAGCGAGUCGGCUUUUGUGAUUUUGAGCAGCAGCACUGACAGGCUUCUGAUGACAGGCGCCAACGCCAAACCAGCAACGCCCAUAUUCCUGCACGAGGCUGCUGACGGGGCCCGCUGGCGGGCCACCAUGACGUCGUACAUUCUCGUGCUCACGGGCCUGAACGCGGCUACGCACUGCGACUGGGUCAAGGUACAGGACUGCACGAUGGAUCUGGACAAGUCGAUCAGGGAGGCCGACGACGGCCCUCUGGGCGUGCUGGCACUCUACCUCAAGGGUGUGCUGAGCCAGGGCACGGGCGAGCUGCAGGAGGCGAUGGACACGUUUGAGGACGCGCAGUUCUCGCUCGUGGCGGACGCGCGGCCUUCGACCAACGAGGGCCACGUCAAGCAGGAGAUUGCGCUGCUGGCGGCCAUGAAUCGGCUGCUGAUCAUGCAACUGGACCGACUGCGGAACGAGCCCAAGAUCAACGAGCUGGUCGAGCAGCUGAAGCACCUGUGUGCGAGCCACACGAACCCUGAGAUCCGCACGGCUUACAGCCUCGUCAUGGCGGCCAUCAACACGCAGCCGCCACUGUCGAUGCACGACAUCAAGAUGCACAUCCAGCAGGGCCUCAAUGGGUCGACCACCAGCAGCAACGCCCAGUGCCUCAACAUUGCCCUCAACACGAUGCGCUACCGGCUUUUUGAGAACGUCGUGGGCGACCAGGCGCUCAAGAGCGCCAAGGCCGGGUCGACGCAAGCCAAGAAGAGCGGCAACAUCCUGUGGAUGAGCGUGGCCGACGGCAUGCUCGCAGACACGUACGAGGUCCAAGGCCAGACGGCCCAGGCCCAGAUCUCACGCCAGUCCGGUAUCCAGUAUGCCAACGACUCCUGGGAGAGCACUCAGGUGUAG